GGAAGGACGCCCGCUACCGGCCAACACCGGUAAUUGCUCUCAGCGCGUUGUUUACCCCUCAGACCUGACACCCUGGAACCAGGGGGUCUGAUGCAGGGUUUCAGGAUCAAGAUCAUUUAUUUUUAUGAGGACAUGAAGUUAAUUGGCCGAGCUGAUUAAGAGACCAAUCAAGAGUUUUAUUGAGCUCGGGAUCUCACAAUGAGAUUAUUUAUGCUAAUCAAGUAGACGUCACUUCCGCCCCUUUUAUUUGCGCCAUUUUGGAUCGGGCAGCUUCUCGGCUGGAUGUGUAUUGUCUGUCAGAGAGGAGAAGAGGCAAAGCGUUAUCUGCUGCUGGGCACUAAUAGGCAGACUUUUGGUCCUUUAUUUUGGGUCAGCUUCCCCAACACCGGGACAGAGCUCUGUCCUCAAACACGACCAGGAAUGGAGGUUCUGGUUCUCUGAUGAGUGUCGGAGGCUUUCUGUUCCCCGACCACAGGGAGGAAGACAGCCCGAGUCGGAGAGGGGGAGUCUGGUUUGGAGGAUAGAGAGACGGCCCCGGCUGCCUGGUCCCACAUCUACCCAACGACGCCUAGCUGUCACCUGAGAAGAUCCAGACCUCUACAGAGAGACCUGACUGGAGGAGAGAGUGUGGACACGUCGGCUCUGUCCCCCUGAAGUGACACCUUUCAGUCAGCCGGAGCUCCUGGAUGUGAAAGCAGGCGGACAGGAUGUUCCAGCUCCCUGUCAAUAACCUGGGCAGUCUGCGGAAAGCAAGAAAAAAUGUUAAAAAGGUCCUCGGAGACAUCGGCUUGGAGUUCUGUCGAGAUCACCUAGAGGACUACAAAGAUUAUACCCCUCCAGACGUGUAUAUAAAGCACACUAACUGGGAUGAUGUGUGCAUGUGGGAACCCUCACAUACCAAAGUCCAGGAAUACAGAUCAAAACCAUUCUGCUGCACCGGCUGCCUCUUCUCAUCCAAGUACUUCUCUGCAUACAAGAGCCACUUUCGCAAUGUCCACAGCGAGGACUUUGAGAACAACAUCCUGCUCAACUGCCCCUACUGCUGUUACAAUGGCAACAAAAAGACUCUGGAAACACACAUCAAACUUUUCCACAUGCCAAAUAACGCUGUGCGGCAGGGCGCUGGUGGAAUGGUGGCAGGAGCUGGAGGGAUCAUGAUGAAGGAUGGGAUGCUGAAGAGGACCGGGGACAGUGUGGAACAGGCUGUGUACUACUGCAAGAAGUGCACCUACAGGGACCCUUUGUACAAUGUGGUGCGAAAGCACAUCUACCGGGAACACUUCCAGCAAGUAGCCCAGCCCUACAUUGCAAAACCAGGAGACAAGACAAAUGCUCAGAACGGUGGCACAGCAGGAGCAGCAGGGGAUACUAAAACAAACAAUGUUAACAGUAACCAGAUUCACUGCAAGAAGUGUCUGUUUGUUCCAAGGACCUAUGAGGCACUUGUUCAACAUGUCAUUGAGGAUCACGAACGCAUUGGCUACCAAGUGACUGCCAUGAUAGGACACACCAGUGUGAUAGUCCCCCGCCCCAAACCCAUCAUCAUGAGCCCCCCGAAAACCCUGGGUGACAAAACCAUCAUUGGGAUGGGUCCUAAGGGGGCUGUAAUGGCCACUACCAGGACGCCUGGCUCACAGCUGAGUCGAGUUGUCAUCCCAACAAAGACGGGCUUCAACUCUAGUCUUUUAUCUGGGUUGAAACACGAUGCAGUCAGAUUAAAAGCAGGGAGCACCCAGCCCUUUUCUAUCGGCGGCCAGCAGGUCAGGGUUACUUUACCAGGCAAUGCCCAGGUCUCCAUGCCCCAGCAGUCACAUGCAGCAAAGCAGCUUAUUUCUGGUGGCAACCUGCGGAGUCAAGUUGUGGUCAGUGCCUCUUCCUCACUCAAAUCCAACCCUCUGGGCUCACGUGUCCAGGCGGCAGCUACUACAGUAGCUUCUGUCACAGCUAAGAAAGGUGGCUCCUCAGUUCUCGGCACAUCUUACACACAGAAAUGGAAAAUCUGCACAAUCUGUAACGAGCUCUUCCCAGAGAAUGUGUACAGUGCUCAUUUUGAGAAGGAGCACAAAGCAGAGAAGGUGCCUGCUGUGGCCAACUACAUCAUGAAAAUCCACAACUUCACCAGCAAGUGUCUCUACUGCAACCGCUAUCUCCCCAGUGACACGUUGUUAAACCACAUGCUGAUCCACGGUCUGUCAUGCCCACACUGCCGCGCAACCUUCAAUGAUGUUGAGAAGAUGGUGGCUCACAUGAGACUAUCCCACCCGGAUGAGAGCGUUGGCCCGCGCACAGAUUCUCCCUUGACCUUUGACCUCACUCUGCAGCAGGGUAGUCCCAAAAAUGUUCAGUUGAUUGUCACUACCUACAAUAUGAAAGAUGCCCCGGAGGAGUCUGUGGCAUUUCACGCUCAAAACAACAACACCACCUCUGUCCCGUCGGCCUUAUCUGCUUCCCUUUUAUCAGGAAAGAGGUUAAUGCCUCAACAUCCACCCAAAGCACCACCUUUAGCGACUGCUGACAGUGCACCAACCAAGAGUCUCCCUCAGGCAUCAGUGCCCUACAAGAGGGAUGUGGGCAAGACACUUUGUCCUCUCUGUUUCUCAAUCCUCAAGGGCCCAAUCUCUGACUCACUGGCCCACCAUUUGAGAGAGAGGCACCAGGUGAUUCAAACAGUCCACCCUGUGGAAAAGAAAUUGACCUACAAGUGUAUUCACUGCUUGGGGGUUUACACAAGCAACAUGACUGCCUCCACCAUCACACUUCACUUGGUGCACUGUAGAGGUGUAGGGAAAUCUCAGAAUGGGCAGGACAGUCGGGUAGCUCAUUCUCCUCGUGUCGGCCAGAACCAGAGCAGCUCUCUUAAACGGGCCAGCUUUGAUAACUCUGACACAAGCGCACCAAAACGGAGGAGGCCUGGACCUCCUGGGGAACGGGCCCAUCCACGAGAUUAUAACGGUCCAUCCUCAUACAUAGAGAACUCGGAUGAACCUGUAACUCUGGCCCUCGACCCCAAAGGACAUGAAAACGAGUCGUAUGAAUCCAGAAAGGCAUUUCUGACUCAAUAUUUCAAUCUAGCGCCGUAUCCCUCACAGCGGGAGGUAGAGAAGCUAGCAGCCAAUCUGUGGCUGUGGAAGUCAGACGUCUCGAGCCACUUUGUCAACAAAAGGAGGAAAUGUGUUCAGGAAUGCGAAAUCCAAAAUGCUGACGUGUUGCUUGGGUUCAGUAUGCAUGAACUCGCAAAAGUAAGACACGAGUUAGCGCUCGCCCAGGACAGCGUGUUAGAAGGCAGAGAGAACAAGAGGCGGACAUCUAGAGCACACAUGGGGUUGUCAGAGCAGGCUCUACAGAGACAUAAAGAGCUUGUUGCUGCUAACGGUGGCGUGGCCCCACCAAGAAAAGGACAGCUUGUUGUGGAAGGUACUAAAGCAACCCAAUCUGCCCCCAAACCCAACAGUGCCAGCAGAGACCAAACCAAGACAAUCAACAGCACCUUACCACAGAAAAUGCCUCUAGACCUUUCUGAGCCCAUCGCCAUCGACUCUGACAGUGAUGAGGAAGAGCAGCAGAGGGAUAACGAGGAGCGAGCGGGAGAGGUACAUCUCCAUGGUAACCAACAGCUUACUGGAGCUAAAGAGAGGAGUGAGUCAAGGACAGGGUCUAAGAUAGUUUCAGAUCUAGAUGAUUUGUCAGACGACGACGAUGAUGACGAGGAGGACGAUGAUGAAGAGGAUGAUGAUGACGAGGAGGAGGAGGAGGAGGACGAAGGGGGCCAUGUAGAGAAUGGAUUUGUGCUCACAGAAGGGUCAGGAGGACUGGCCGCUAAAGGAAGAGACACUCUGCCCAUCAUUAUUCCUAAGUUUGUACCAUCGUCUGCGAGAAGUGGGAGGGACAGAGCCCCGCUGGGCAAACAGCAGGUCUGACCCUUAGAAUCCAAAAGACUCACACGGUCAGAGAGACACUUUAAGUCUGAUCCAUGCCAACAAAUCUGCCUCGCUCGAACUGAAGGGUAAUGCCUGGUCACACCGGGUGUUUGUGAAGGAGGGAGUAAUGAGAGACCUCAAUUUGAGUCAACACAAAACAAGCCAUCCAAUGACAUUUACAGGCAGGACUCAACAAGCAGCUAAGGUUGAUGUAGAGAUUUGUAAACAAAGUUUUAAUGCAUCUCCUCCAGUGUGAGGGGAGGUGCAGAGACAAAAGUGAAGUUACACCAAACAAAUAGAAAGUUUUUUGCCUUCUAUAUUCUUUAUUACAUUGAGGUGAGGACUUAUUAUUGUUGAUUCAGCCGCUGAACUUCUAAGAGUGGCUCAAAAUAUUGACUUGUUGUGAGGUGAAGCUUUUGAGCUAUCCAUCAAUUUUUCCUUCUGCUAAGAUGGGUCAUGUAAAUUUGUACAGUCUUUUAGACGUGUUUGGACACAUGUUGCCGUACAUGUACCCUUAAAUAUUUGCUAUUACCUAUGUGUAAGGUAGCCUCAUAUGUUCUACAUUGGUAUGCUUAACGAUAGGUGUUGCUUUGGUGGCUGGUAUUAAUUUUCCAUGUUUAAGUUUAUUUUUUGACGAAAACUUAGUUUUUUUGCAAAAUAAUAUAUCUAUAUAUAAAUAAAAUAAUGGAGUUGAUUUGAUUUUGCUUUUAACUUGAUUAGAUUUAUUUUUUUAAUUUGACUUUUCUAUGGUUUGGUUCUGACAGAAUACAGGCGCUCCUGGCUCCUUUCAUCAUCUUUCUGCAGCCUUAAGCUUGCUAGCCUUGACUCUACUGUUCUUGCUCUCUGUUUUCAGUUGAAAUAGUUCAUUUGCCCCCAAGGCUGGACAGUAACCACAAUACUGACAUUCACAAAAAGUGAAAGCCUUUUUUUUUUUUCCAAAAAGAGAAUUGUGUUCAAUAUGUGUUCUUUGAAUUGUGCAUAUUUGUUUUGUUUCCAUUUUUCACUUACGCAUUUAUGAACAAUAAAGUGCUGUAAUUGUGCUUCUCACUGAA